AUGUCUUUUGGCAAGUCCACUUGGGCUGACUGGGUUAUUGAUGACGAGGAGGAGAUUUUCGCUAUUUUGAAGAAGGCUUAUGACUCAGGUUUGAGAACCUGGGAUACUGCUAAUGUUUACUCGGCAGGUGAGUCGGAGAUUCUUAUUGGCAAGUUCUUGAAGAAAUAUAAUAUUCCUCGUUCGACUGUGGUGAUUCUGACCAAGGUUUUCGGGUUUACUAAUGCUGAUCCUGAACUUCCUGACUCGGGUCCUGAUGAUAUUAAUCGUAUUAACAGACACGGAUUGUCUCGUAAACACAUUUUCGACUCUGUCGCUGCUUCUGUCAAGCGUCUGGGUACUUAUAUCGAUGUUCUUCAGAUCCACCGUUGUGAUAAGAGCACUCCUUAUGCCGAGACUAUGGAAGCUCUUCAUGACGUUAUCAAGUCUGGCGAUGUUCGUUAUAUUGGAGCUUCGUCUAUGUUCGCCUAUCAGUUUGCCCAAUACCAAUUUGCUGCCGAGAGAAAUGGCUGGACCAAGUUCAUCUCCAUGCAAAACCACUAUUCGGCUAUCUACCGUGAGGAGGAGCGUGAAAUGAUUCCUUACUGUAAGGAGACCGGAGUUGGUUUGAUUCCUUGGGGACCUGUUGCUGCUGGUGUGUUGACCCGUCCUCAUAAGGAUCUGGCUGCUACUGCUAGAGGAAAGAAGGAGGCCGACAGUCCUCAAAGGAGAUUCGGUGUUUCUCAAGCCGACAAGACUACUAUUGACCGAGUCGAGGAGCUCGCUAAGAAGCACAACACCAGCAUGGCUACUGUCGCUACCGCCUGGGCUAUUGCUAAGGGUACUGUGCCCAUUGUUGGAUUCAGCAAACCUUCUCGUAUCGACGAUGCUAUUGCCGCUCUCCACCUCAAGCUCACUGACGAGGAGAUCAGUUACAUCGACGAGCCCUACGAGCCCAAAAUCAUCAUCGGCCACCAAUAA